GAGGUAUUGAAAUGAUAUUAUAUUUUAGUUACAUUGGUUUAAAAAAAGCUUGAUUCUGUUAGUUACCUUAGCAGCUUUUUAUAAAAGGUUUGUUGGUAAAUUAUCAAGAAAGAACAAGAACAGGAGCCUGGAUCGUGGAAAGAAAAAAAGAACCGCAAGCUUUGGAAUAAAAGCGUGGUUACUAAGUCGUCCACGUCUUUCGUGUGUCUUUAUGCUCUGAUUUGGGGCCUGAUUUGGUAGUAGAGUCGGGCCUGCAUCACAGUUAGUAGACCACAAUUUAGCAGGAAGAACUUUUUAAGUCCGGUAAGUGUUUUUAUUGUAUGAUUCCUCGGCUUAUUCUCUGCGAUCACAUAAUAUCCCACCAGAGAACUCGUGCACAGAGAUCUGACUUUGCAUAAUGUCCUUACCGGUAACAUACUUUGUCGAAAUUUUAUAAGCAUCUAUCCGGAACCGAACCACUGCCACCUUCUCUUUGACCGGAGACCAGACCAGGCUCUGUUUUCCUGUUGCUUGGUAGGAGAGCUGGUAAAAAUUUGGCCAGUUCUCAGGAGUUGCAUAACAACAGACUGAUAAUGAUUUUGGAACCAUGAUGCUGCAAUACUUCUUUUCUUUGGCGAUUGUUGUAGUAAGUUAAGUUCCGUCACGUUACGCUUGACAUUAAUUUUCCUUUUAGCUUUCUCUUCUGCUGCAGUCCCCUGUCCCGCUCUAUUAUAAGUGAAAAAAUGUUCAUUUAAUUUGCAGUUAUCUCGUGGGAAUUUUUAAUUCAUUAUUUUCGCCUCAAAGUUCCGCAGCAAAUGUUUCUGGCAUUUGCCCUGCAGGCUGUCGCGUGAACGUUUCCACACAUGUUAAGGGGAAUAAAUUAUAGAUCUACUAUAAAAUUCAGAAGAUAAGCCCCGGGUAAAUUAUUUAUUAGGGUUAUAUUAUAUUUCAAAUUCCCUGGGCUUGUAAUACACAUUUUUACAAACUGUUUGUCAACAGUUUUUCAGUGUACAAUGAUAAUCUAGUAAGCUUAAGAAUUUGUGACUGUGUGAUCCAUCAGAUAUUAACUUCAACAAUUAAAGCAAUGAUGAAUGUAUUAAAAGUGGAAUACUGUAUACACUGUAAUAGGCUUCUUGCAAUAGUUGGUCACAUAAUCAACUUUCCAUAAACACGAAAACAGUCCACUUUGGGAAAAUGAUGUUAGCAGGAACUGAAAGAUCGUAUUAAAAUUAGGUAACCAGUAAAUUUUCAACCGUAUGUCUCAAAAGCUUUAAAUUUUGAAAUUUUCAAGCUGACAUUAAAUCUUUCCCUUAAGCAGUAUAGGGCUCAAGUUAGAUCAGAAUAUUAAAAUGCUUUUUUAUACCAGCCGUAUGCAAACUUUGAUGACUAAUUAAAUGUAAUGUAUAUGGUUCUGUUAAGUGAAAUGUAUUUUUUGUUUUGGUUUGUUAUAAAACCCUGUGUACUUUGUUUGUUCUAUACCUGUCGCUAUAUUGUUAUUGCUACCCCAGUCUUUAGAAUUUUGAUUUUUUUAUUUUGAUUAAAAACUGAUUGUAGUUUGAGGGUCGGUUUGAGCCAUACACUGGGAGAUUGACAGUUUUUAUUAAGCAGGUUAUAAUUAGUUGUGACCAUGGUGACUUUACAUAAGAGCAGUACAUCCAGCUUGAAUUUUGAAUUGAUGCCAUCAGCCAGUUUGCACAGGGUUCCAAAUAAAUCUGGACUGAAUUUUGACACAGUUGUUUCCUCAGCUUCAGUACAUGUCAAUUUUCUGGAAGAUAUUUAAAAAUAUUUUUUAACUAAUAAAGACUUCUGUUCACACCUUUUGUUAAGUGCUUUACAAAAACUAAAAAAGGUGUUGUUUAGGAAAUUAUAAAGAUGCAACAAUGCUGUUAUUUGAACCCAUAACCAGUAACAUCUGUGGUCUGUCUCACUACGGUAUAAGCAUUUGUGCUUUUGCCACAUUGUUACUGCAGGUAUCAUGCAAAAAUGGAAGGCUGAUAUGCGGUUGAUAAAAAAGGUUAUCCAUCCAUAGCAUAUUUUUUCCUGAACCAUCUUUUAGAAAUGUACUGGAUCGGUUUAUCUUGUAGUUAAUUUUUUAUCUCAGGUAAUUUUUUUUUCUUUUGUUUCAACUUCAUUAGCAUACAUUACCAUACUCAAAAACAAAAGAAAAACAAAAAUUAUCUGAAAUAAAAAAUUAACUACAACAUUAUUUUAUUUUAAACCUUUGGCUUUUUUAGUUAGUGUUCUGCAAGUUUUGGUUCAAUUCUUUUUUAAGGGGCCGACCAUUCAAAUGUGUUUUUUUCAUUCUCCAAACUACUGGGCAUAAUACAUUAAAGUACCUUAUUUGACAUGGAAAUUCACUCACACCUGAACUUGACAGCAAUAAUUUCCUAAUCUUCAUACUAACUAUGCACCUGUACAGCUGCAGGACAAAUUAUUGUUUGGAAAACUGUCAAUCUAAAGAAAGUGAUAAUGAUUAUAAAUUAUCAACAAGAUGUAAUAAAUAUUUAUUUUUUGAUUUUAUGUGUAAUUUAUUUCCUACAGUGUGUAUUUAACUUCAUUUUAAAAUACUAUUAUUUCCCAUUCUUCAUACUAACUAUGCACCUGUACAGCUGCAGGACAAAAUAUUGUUUGGAAAAUAAUUGUCAAUCUUAAGAAAGUGAUAAUGAUUAUAAAUUAUCAACAAGAUGUAAUAAAUAUUUAUCUUUUGAUUUUAUGUAUUUAUAAUUUAUUUCCUACAGUGUGUAUUUAACUUCAUUUUAAAAUGGCUGAUCACAAAAGAAUUCUAGUAACUGGUGGCACAGGACUUGUUGGAAAAGCUCUAGAAGAGAUUGUAGCUACAGAGGAAAAGAGACCUGAUGAAACAUGGAUUUUUUUAUCCUCUAAGGAUGGCGAUCUUUGGUAAAUAACUGUUCAUAUUUACUGAUUCUAUUUCAUAUACAGUCAAACCUCCACUAAUGGCCCCCUACAGCACAAUGGCCACCUCUCUACAAUGGCCACUUUGUUUUGUGCUGGCUUAGGGAUAGUCCAUACAUUGACUCUUAUUUAAACCUCUCUACAACGGGAACAGCCACUAAAGCGUGUCCCCAACUGCCAAAAUAACCUCUCGACAACAGCCUGUUUUUUUUAGCCACUGAUUAAAAAGUCAAGAAUGGUCAUGAAAUUUGAUCUGCAUGGCACGUUGAGGAUUAACCGUGGCAAUCGAACAUUUUGAUUUUGUUUCAUUUAUACUGCUGCAAUAAGCAUAAAUUGUCUACGAUACUGAUAGUGAAUGUUGCAAAACUUGCUCAUUUUGUCAUGUCAACAUUUUGAUUCAAAACAUAAUUGAAGCCUUUUGCGUAUUUUAUCUCACACUAUAUAUAUUAUUUAUGAUUGGAUUACCAUUAUGGGACACAGUAAGCAUGAACUUAGCACAACAAACAUGUUGCACUCCCUAAAACAUUUGUCAUAUAACACCCCUACCCCCCGACCCCCCUCUCUCUCCCCUCAUAAGAGGGAGCUUUAGAACAGGCAUGUUUAAGCAACGGACGUCAACCAGCAGUAAGACCUUUUCCUUCUUAAUAUGCCUUGAUAAUAAAAAAUUUGUAUUCUUUAGCUUCCUUACUCUUAUAGGGACAAUAUGACUGAAAAUUUGGGCAAAACCAUCAUUAAAAAAUGAAAAGGGGUGACUUCCAGUUGACGUGUGUUGCUCAAAAACGUUGUUGCUUAAGCUCCCUAAUGGCCACCUCUCCACAAUGACCACGACCAGGGUGGCCAUUGUGGAGAGGUUCAACUGUAUUGGUUAACUGUGAUUAGUAUAUUUUUCUCAUGUUCUAUAAGCAUGUGGAAAGGGGAGAAAUAAGGGUUUGCAGUUUAUGCUAUUUUGCUUAAAUUUAAUUUUAAAAUGCUGUGUGGCAGUUAGAAAAUACUAAGUGGCUCACGGUUUUUUUAAGUUUUGUUAAAUUGUAAUGAUGUAUUGAAAAUCUUUUUACAUUAUUUUUUUUCCUGGGUAGAAAUUGGUUCCUUUUGCGCCCAUUAGAGAGCAAUGUUCCAUUGCCAACCAGAUUAUAAAUGCUUAAGAGAAAUUGAGUAAUUUAUCAUGAUAUAUAUUAUUCAGGAAGAGAAGUAAUAAUAAUCUCAGACUGUCUGGCAUAUGUUGAUACUUCACAAGUCUUGUGUGAUGUCUUAUUUUUAAGCCUUUCUUGAAAUUUGUGUAACAAUCUACGUAAAGUACUAACAGAGUUUUGAAAUAUUAUGCCACUAUUGUAGUGAUUCAGCGGCAACUAAAGCAAUUUUUGAAAAGCACAAGCCAACACAUGUGAUCCAUUUAGCUGCUCUUGUGGGCGGACUGUUCAAGAACCUCAAGUACAAUCUUGAUUUCUGGGUAAGAAUAGAACUACUUGACUCUAAUAAACACUUAAUGGCUGGUCCCAAGGGAAAUAUUUAAUUUUGUUUCUUAAGAAUCUCAAUUCACCUCGGGAAACAUUUGCUGUAAUGGUGGUCGUCAGUGAACAUUCACGGGUAACAGGGCACUGUUACCCAGUCUGAUGUCAUAGAUUUUGUAAUGUUGCCUGCUCAGAGAUUUUGGUGGGAAACAGUUUCAUUGUUAGAUGUCAUGUGACCUCGAAGUAACCAAUGAGAGUGUGCACUGUUGGGAAGAAAUUUCCAGCUAUAUAACAAGGAGCUACACACUGUACAUAUUGUACAGUAGAUAUGCAUUAUUCACCAAGCCUGUGCAGUCAAGAUGGCUGGACAUUGGCCAGGUUAUUUCUUUUUCUUUUUAUGGACAAAGAAAAACUCAGUUAAGGUCAAUAGAAAUGCAGCAAAGAAUGAGUCCAAUAUCCAACCAUCUUCAUUGAACAAGCUUGGUCAAUAAAGGAUUUUAUAUAUGACCAAACCAAAAUCUCUUCUUUCGGGACCAAUGCGGGAAACCCUGAGUGGGCAAGAACACAGGAGUCACUUGAUCUCGCAAGCUCAUGGGACCAGCCAUAUAAUAAUGGGCAGUUAAGCAGUGACGUAAUCUUUGCUGAUGUAUGAGCACAAAUAUGGCUCAAGUUUGAUGUCCCAAUGUAAAUCUAACUAUAAUGUUAUGUACUUCAUUCAAUGCUACUGAAGUGCUUCAUUCUGUCUUGGUAAUUAGUCAAGAAUUAUUUCACUUACAUUUCCCUGUCCAGGGAUUAAGAACAUCACUUUUCAAUGCCUAAUUCCUAUGUCAAGCUUUGUGUUAUGAUUAUUGCAUGAGAACACUGAAAAAAGUUUUCCCUUAAUCCUGCAGCACAGAGGGUUAUCAUACUUGGUAUACAGCUGUACUUUUCAAAAAGUCCUUUUUUGGACAUUUUUUAAGGUUAUAAUAAAAAGUUUUUUUACAAAAAGAAGCAUGACUGGAUUGAGAAGAAUGUGGACAUCUUGUUUUAAUUGCAUCAGUCAAAAUGAAAGGACUAAAUUCAUUUUUCAUUGAGUCACCCUCGAGGAUUCCUUGUACUGGCUUUUGUGCUGAGCUAUUCAUUUAAUAGAAAUUUUGUAAUAAGUACAUGUAGUUGAUAAAUUAUGUUAUUGACUUAUUUGCAGAGGUUAAAUACCCUGAUCAAUGACAAUGUUUUGCAUACUUGUCACUUGACUAAGGUGAGUGUCCAAGUGGCCUAUUACUGCAAGGUAUUUCCAUCAUAAUAUCAUUAACAGUAUUGUUGGAUGAGGCUGAGUAUCAUCUGAAGAGUUAUGGAGAUCAACGAGGGUUAGGCCAUGGCGGAUAACACCCUCAUAGAUCUCCAUAAUAUUCUUCAGAUGAUAUGAAAGGUGAAUUCAACAAUUGAUUUAACAUUUAUUUAAAAUAAGUCUUAGUUAAAUUGAAAACCAGCUAAAAUAAGCUUUCCUUCAUCGAUGUUAAGUUCAUCUUUGAUAGUGCAUGUUUAUCUGCAUGUCGUCUGUUGAGUUACAAGUCUUCUUGCCGUUCUUGCUAUGUUUUUAGCCAAUAGUUCACUUAUUUCUUCCUCUUGAAACGAGUGAAAUGUUCCGCCAUUUUGUACUCACUACCAAAACAACUCAACCUCGUCCUUAGGUCUUCUCAGUUAACUGUUCAUUUUUCUGGCAAUAAGCUGCACAAUCAACAUCAUUUUUUAACGUAUCGCAAAAAAAAAAUGUUUUAUACCACAUUCCUCCAGAACCCUUUACAGUUUUAUAACUAUUGAUAAGUGAUUUUGUUUUGGUUUGGUUUUCAUGGCUCAGGUAAAGAAGUGUGUUUCUUGCCUUUCAACAUGCAUAUUCCCAGACAAGACCACGUAUCCCAUCGAUGAAACGAUGGUGCAUAAUGGUCCACCACACACCUCUAACUUUGGUUAUUCAUAUGCCAAACGUAUGAUUGAUGUGCAGAACAGGUGAGUGAUGGGGUGGGAAGAAACUGCAGUGCAGCCUUUAAGUUUGGAUUGAUCUGCAACACUCUUUAGAACUUCUAAUGGUAACCUUUGACUGAAUUGAUGACCUCCCCUUGGCUUCUUUCUCAUGUCCUGAACAAAAAAAUAGUAAAGAUGAGUGCUCAAGUGCAGCUUUUUUCAAAGUCACCUUUUUGCCAGACACAAAAUCAUUGGUUGUCACAAAAAAGAAUGGUGCAUUGAUACAUGAAAAGUUUGGAGAAGUCAUGCUAGGCAGGCGUACUUACCUUCCUGUCCACUUCUUGUAAUCUGGUAUUUUUAAAAAUCUGAAGAAAUAUAUCGUCAAAUCUGUAAUAUAAUAAUAUAAAUGGCCUGUAAUAUAAGAUAAAUGGAGAAAAUGAAUUAAAUACAAAAAAAAAAAUACAAAAGUUACUUGCUUGGCCAAAAAGCAAUUUUUAUUAAAAUUUGCUAGCCAGACAGGUCAUUCCACUGGCCCCACUCUAUUAAACAGCACUUUUCUGGUACCCUGUCUGUUGAAGAUGGAAGGAACAGGAACCCUUUUAAGGGGCGGGGAGGGGAUGGAAAACCCAUGGGUCUUUCAUGGUACAAAAAUCAAGCACUGUGUGGAUUCUCUGUGGCUCAUUAGUGGAUCAUAAGGUGGUAUUGAUGCCUACAGGGUCCAUACAUAUAUUUUAACAAUUAAUGCCAACAAGAAUUAACUAGUGAUCAAUAUUUUGCAGGGCUUAUUACCAACAGCAUCCAGAUGGAUGUUUGUUUACUAGUGUUGUUCCCACUAAUGUUUAUGGAAAGCAUGACAACUUUAAUUUGGAGGACUCCCAUGUUCUUCCUGGAUUGAUGCAUAAAGUAUACCUAGCACAAAGUGAGUUUGAAGUACCCAUUUGCUUAGUUUUUGAUUAUCGAGACAAACACAUGUUCAUUUGAAAAUUGCAGCAAAUGCUUUUGAAUUACAGUAAGAUGAACUUAACUGGUGCAUGGUCUGGUCAAUUGACCAAGGACUUGUCUGCCGAAAGGGAGAUUAUGGGUUCAAACCUGGUUGGACCAACUCUCAGGGUCGUAAAAUAAGUGAGGAGAAUUUACUGCCUUUGUUUGACAUCUACAAAAUGGUUAGACAUUCUAGUCUUCUCUCAUAAGAAUGAUAAACUGUACAUAGGAACGGCUGGUCUCAGAGCUCUUUCACUGUUCCGAUCCUUGUGGGACGUAAAAGAACCUACCCUGCUGUUCAUUAAGAGUAGGUGACAACUAGGCCCUGGUAGUUUAGUGGGGGUCAACAUUCAAACAUCAAGUGUCUUAACAUGUAAUGCAUUAAUUGCUGUAGCAGGUCCACAUCAGCCCUCCCUCAAGCUGCCUGACUAAUGAGGCCUAAUAGCAGUAUGUAGAUUCAGUGCAUGGUUGUUACCUUUGUCAAGCAGUGCAGAUAACAUUGCUUUUUUUGUUCUGCUCUUUGGUUUAGAGGAAGGCAAGCCUCUUGUAGUUUGGGGAACAGGCUCACCCCGCAGGCAGUUCAUUUAUUCAAAGGUAUGACUUUAGAUGUUAAUGCAAAUCUUGAGAAUUUAACUGAAACUAAUGGUUAAUAACCUACUGCAUAUAUAUGUAUUACCUAAUUAUAUGAUCAUAAUAAACAGAUCUAGUAAAGACAAUGCAACAUCUCAAGAGUGUAAAGACACACAGAAAACACCUAAUGCUCUGGUGCUUAACCACUCUGACAUUGGUCAUUCGGUUUUUCGGAUCUACACUUACCCUUUCACGCUGCCUUUGCUAAAUCUGUGUUAUGUAUCUACUGGUGCCUUCUGCCGACAAAUACAAAGUCCAUUCUUAUUUAUGUCACCAUUUCUGUAAUAUGGUCCUCUUAGAGCAGUAUCUAGGUCCAGACGGCUUAGUUGUUUUAUAAUCCAAGUAUUUUCAGGAUUUAAGUUGCAGAAUGUCUGUCAGCAUAACAUUGCUGAUUGACAACAGUAAAGUGCUCUACAAAUUCAAGGAUAUAACAAGAUUAUGAAAACUGAUGGUUCUGAAUUUUUUUAAAUUUAGGAUCUUGCAAGAUUAAUGAUCUGGGUUCUCAGAGAGUACAAUGAAAUUGACCCCAUAAUCCUGUCAGGUUGGUAGAUUCAUUAAACUCAGUAUGGUUAAACUGCUCCUCAUUUGCUUUUCUCUUUCUGUUUGCAGUGCUCCUCACUGGUAUUUAUUUCCAGUCAAAUCAAAUGUCAUCUUAAAUUUCCCUGAGAUAUUAUAUACAAUAUAUAUGCACAUUUCUUCAAAAGUUUGUUAUUCUCAUUGAGACCUCAGAUCUUUUUGACUGUAAAGUUUAGAACCUUGUUUUUACAUGUCGUGCUUUGAUUGGUAAAUUAAGUACAUGUAACCUGAUAUGAACUUUUAUUUAUUUGGUUUGAGUUCCAUAUGAGUUUCAUAAUAUGAAAAAAACAUCUGAUUUGUCCUGUACAUUUACAGCCUCCCACGCAGGUGUUUAUAGGGGCGCUCGUAUUUUGUCCCUCCGCGCAAACUCCCAGAUUCUUAUUUCUGCUUGUAAAAAUUUACAAGAAAAGGCCAUUUCGUAUGCCCUGUAGUUUUAAUUGUAUGAUUUAAUUGUGUCAAAUAAGUAAUCUGUGGUAAUGUUUCGCUGUUUGUAGUUAAUGAAGAGGAUGAGCUGUCUAUCAAGGAGGCUGCCGAGUUGGUUGUGGAAGGAAUGGGUUUCACAGGAGGACUAGAAGUAUCCUUAAUUAUAAAAUAAAUGUUCUGUUAGCCCUAAGACUGGGUAAAAGUGAAGAAGAGUUCCCCUAAAAGUCUGUAGGUCUACUGAUGGCCCAUAGCCUAUUAACAGUUAGGCACCAGAUAACAAGACAGGCUUUUCUUCUGGACCAGAUGCCUUUGCUCGUACCAAAAAAAGCCGUCCACAGAGUCUAUAUGCAUGUUACCAACAAUUUAUUAAUAAAACAAUCUUAAUCUCUGUUUUGUUCUGAAAACAAAACGAAACGAACUUGGACAUGAAAAAGGUCUCAGCAGGUCUUAAACAGGGUGGCAAAUAAACAUUGUUUUGUCUUAAACUGAGUCAUGGUUGAAGGCCUCGACAGGACACCUCUUCCCAAACUUGGCUGGAUCAUUAUACGCUUGUGGGAAACUGCCCACCUACCCCACCCCUGAGCCAAUAUUUUGCCCUAAGUGAGAAGUAAGUGUUAAUGUUGGCUUAGGGGAGGGGUAGGUGGGCAGUUUCUCAGAAAUGUAUAGAUCACCCGAUUCAGAAUCUAAGGGCUCCACCUACUCAGCCCACCAUGGUCAUGGCCCUCAGCUGUAAUCGAAAGGGAUCAUUAGAUAAAACUUUGUUGAGUAUAGUAAGAAAUGUGGACAUGAAAAGUGAAGUAGUCCUUAACACAGAUGUUAGUAUGACACAACCAAGUCGGAUGGCCAGUUUAAAAAGACAGCAAGUAAUGCAAAAUUAAGAAAAUACCGACCAGACUUCAAGUUCACGGAUCCUAAGAUUGGUAAGUCAGCAGUUCUUUCUGGGUUUCUUGGUCCUUGAUCUAUGAAUACAAGAACACUCUCUCAAUUGUAAUUAUUUUCCUCAAAGCAGGGUCAGCCAGAAUUUUUAAAAACAGAGAAAGGUUGGCAUAAGAUCAUGAGAUUCGUUGCAUCAACUAGAUUGAGCUUUGUCACAGGCAGCCCAAUAAUAAGUUCCUUAGGGGUGUGUGCCUCCUCUGGUAUAACAUCCCUUAGGGUGUGAAAUUCCUUGGGGUAUAAAAUUCCUUGUGUCCUACGCUUUUUCGGGAUGUAAGAUUCACUUGCGUCAUGCUACUCUCUGGAGUAAAAGAUUCCUUAUGUCAUCAAAACUGUGAUAAAUCCCUUGGAGCUCUUGCGGUAUAAUAGACUACGAGUAGUCCCCAUUUUUCCUCAGGGAUAGUAGAGCGAGCGAAACGCAAGCGCUCGUGAAAAUCACCCCACGUGAGAAAGGCAAGACGCGGCGGGGAGAGAGAAAAAUUUCUCGCGUGGGGUGAUUUUCACGCGCACGCGCGUAUCGCUGGCUCUACUAACCCUGAGGAAAAAUGGGGGACUACUCGUAGUCUAGUGGUAUGACAUUCCUUAGGGUUGGUACCUUGGAGUGAAAUUGCUUGUCCCAUGACAUUCCCUUCGUGACAAGAAUUCUUGGGAUAUGACAUUCUUUAGGGUAAAUAUUCCUUGGGGUGUAAGAUCCUUUAUGCCUUGGGCUGUUACAAUGUAUGGUCCUUGUAGCAUAAAUGUUUUAUUGGGUGAAAAGUUCCUUGUGUCACAACUUCAUCCCCAGGGUCUUCCACUAUUCGUCCCGCAGAGCGAGAAGGGGCGAUAGUCAGUUAGGAUAUCCAACUGUUUGCACUUUUUUCCCGCAGAAGUGAUAAUGUUUCUGUUUUCUCGUCCUUUUUUAGCUAUCAAGGAAAGCUGCGAGUGGUUCUUGGCCAACUAUGAAACUUGCCGAAAGUGAUGAAUUUAGAAUUUUUUGAACUGUUGGUUGUAUACGAAAGAAUCUGCUUUAGUCAAGAAUAUAAUAUUGGAACUAGGAAUGUACUGUUUUAGUCCAAGUUAUUAUAAUUAUGUGCUUGUCAUUAAAAUGAUUACAGCAAAUAAAGACAUCAAAUGGUG